AUAAGCCCUAGGGUGUCUUCUUGAGGAAAAAUAAAUAUAAGACCCUGUCCUAUUUUCGGGGAAACAUGGUAGUUAGCUAAGGUUGGAAAUGGCCUGUUUUAGAAUGAGUAGACCUGGGCCCCACGGAAGAGGGGACAGGUGCUUCUGCCCAGGGGGGCAGGGAGAGUAAAGGGCUAGGACGCAGCAGGACUUUUUUGCUUUCACUGUCAUCUCUCUGUCCUGGGCAUGGGCCACUUCAUCUCCCUUAGCAGGCUCCACUCUGGGCAAAGCCCUUGCUGAGGACUUGACACAGCACUCAGCCAUUGCUAAUGAGGUUUCAGGGGUGCCUUUCUAAUAUAAAUAAAGGAUUAUAGGUGCACCCCCUUUUAAUCUCCCCCUCCCUCCCGUAAGCCUUAGUCAUGGGUUGCUGCAGGCACGUGGCCACAGGGGACCGCCUAUGCCUAAGGCUAUCAGUGGAGAUAGCUAUUUAAGAGGUUUUACUUUUACAUCUGAGCAGCCAAAUUGUGCAUGUAACAAUGGGGACCAAUUAUUGCACAAUAGAGCAUCCCCGGUGAAACAUAGAGUGUGUGUGUGUUUAAUAUGCAGUGAAUGACACCAUCUUUUCCUAAACAAUGAGAACAUUUCCAUAGCAUUUGGGAGAAGGGGAAUUCCAUUUUUAAAGUUUCAAUUGUUUGUGAACAUGAUAGGUGCUAUCAUUUCAUCCCGGGGUUUCAAAACAAUUGCUGCCAAAUAAUGAAACAAAUAAUAAAAUAUCUCCAUUUAGGUUCAUGUAUAGAAGACACAGAACUUUUCCAGGUUGGAGUAUCAUUUAUAUACCCUUUUUUUUUUUUUUGGGAAGCAUGAUCCUGUUGGGUUCUAUUUUAUCUCCAGUUCAAGCCAUUACAAUGUUGAACAGUUUAAAACACUUUAAAAAUCCAUCCUAUUGACAGCUGUUGUCUAGUCGUCCUGAACUGAACAUGAAUCUUGAGUUGAGAAUCCUCAUUUCACUCAAGGUUCUCAGAGUCUCCUGUUUUAACCUCCAUCAGACGUUACUGGGAAGAAUGCUAUCCUCUCAGCAUAUUUUAUAGACGAAAAAGUGAGGCCCAGAAAUGUUAAGGGAUCUCAUCCAAGAUCAUAAAGUGAAAGAACUUUAUGAAUGGCUAGUGGAGAACUUACUGAAAAUUUAAUUUACAAUAAUUAAAAGGCAAUGAAAGUAGGAGAAGCAAAAAUUCAACAUGUAGCUUGUUAAAGAAGGCAUUUCUAUUAGAAAAUCGUGAUUAGCAUUGCAUUCUUUCUGUAAUGUGGGAGCAUAUUUUUUUAUUGGUCAAAUUUAAAGUGGCCAAUGCGUCUUUGUUUGCCCAAGCUGAGGAUCAGAGAGACUAAGGAAUACGCCCAAGGUCAGCAGACCCGAUACUAGAACUCGGAUCUCUAGACUUGCUAGUGGCUUUCUCAGCACACUGCGAGGUUUCUCAGUUAUGGAAAGUGGUAUUGAUGACCUUGUAUCUGGGGAUCAUAGGAAAAUAGUCGAUUUUCUGGUAAUAGUGGCGUGUUUAUCCCAUUUCACAGCUUGGUGUGUGCUCCUACUUAUGAUCUGUGACAAAUGCACGAGAGGUCUGAUUUUAGCACUACAGAGAGUAGAAAGUCCCGUGUUCUGGAAAUCUCUCUGUCCUGGGUGCAGUGGGAUGGUUGGGCACCAUAAAUCCCACCCCCAACCCAAGAUAGGCUAUACAAUUAGGUUAAAAUAGUCAUAUUUCCCCCCUAAGCUAAAUUUCUUUAUGCUAAGCCAUUUUUCCUUAAGAGGGAACCUCAACUCUGUGAGGUGGAAAUGUCGGUGAGCUUUGCUGCUGCCAUGGUUAGACAUAAGCAUUGAGUAUGGACUUCCCUUCUUUUGCUGGAAUUCUUUUAUCCUCUCCCAUCACCUUUGGGGCAAUGGCGGGAAUAUGGCCAUGGGCGGGGGAAUUCUUUCCCAGUGUGUUUUCUUAGGUACUGUGUUGAAAGCUUUGGGUAUUACUCUAGUACUCAAACCCUGUGGGGAGAGGUGUGAGCAGUGGUUGGCAAACUUUCUCUGUAAAGGCCAACAUAGUAAAUAUGUCAGUCUUUGCUGGUCACACGUGGUUUCCAAAACAUAGUUUUGUUUUGUUUUUUUUAAACAACUCUUUGAAAACGUAAAAACUAUUUUUAGCACUCAGGGUUCAUAAAAACAGGCCAAGGACCAGAUUUUAGUUGGUCAAAUUCUCCUAGAGCGUGGCUGUGCAACAGGAAUAUAGUGUGAGACGUGUUUUUAAUGUUACAUUUUCCAGUAGCUACAUUAAAAAAAGUAAAAAGAAAUAGGUAAUUUAGAUUUUAAUAAUUUGUUUUAUUUAUCCUAAAUAUUAGCAUCUCGGUGUAACCAAUAGAAAAAUUAUUAAGAAGCUAUUUUGCACUUUUUGGUAUAUAUCUUUGAAAUCCAGACUAGCCACAUUUCAAGUGCGAUAGCCACCACAAGUGGCCAGUGGCCGCCAUGUUGGACAGCAUAGGUCUGGAGCAUCUUCUUAGCAUGUAAUUUGAUGAAUGCUCAGCUUCUCUCCUCUGCAUUAUUGACAGUGAACACAGAAAAAACGAAGAUCUUAGAACUGGGAGGGGGCUUAGAGAUCUUCUAGUCUAACCCUUCAUUUUGUAAACGAGGAAGGUGAGGAUCCAAGAGGCCAAGCAAUAUUGCCCAAGAUCACUCAGCUGGGUUAGCAGCAGAGCUGAUACUAGAACUCAGAUCUCUAGACCUACUCAUGGCCUUCUCACCAACCACACUGUGAGGGUUCUCAGUUGCGGAAAGUGGUAUUAAAGACCUUAUACCUGGGGAUCAUAGGAAAAUGGUUGAUAUUUUGGUAAUGGUGGUGUGUUUAUCUCAUGCAUAGCUCGGGGUCUAGUCUUGCUUAUGAUCUGUGGCACAUGUAUGUAAGGUCUUGUUGGGAAAAGGUGUGUUUGUUGUCUAUGGCCAUAGCGAAGAGUGAAAGGAAGGAAAGGCCCAUGCUUUGAUCACCUGGACAGGUAGAUGAGGGAGAGGAAGGGAGAGAGAGAGAGAGAACCUCUUUGUGGGCCACUGCUUUGGCACCAUCUUAUUCUCUCCUACCUAGGCAGCAUCCUAGACAGAUGAAGGGUGCAGUGUCUGGCUGGCGUCUGCUGUGCUAGGUUGCCAAGCUCCAGUUGUUCCCUUUUUCCUGCCUGGGCAAUGCCUGUCCCUGUGCUACAGGGAGGACUAAGCUGAGUAAAUAUUAGUUGUGUAAUCGGAGUAAAUAGAAGAAAGAUAAGUUUUAUUGCUUUGUAAGUAACCUCAAGCCCGUGCCUUUCUUUAGGCAUGCCUUACUUUUUGUUCAAUGUGCAUUUUUCUUUUUUUGGACCUGACUCCUUUUCUCUUCACUUAAGGCAAUUGCAGACCAGCUAAAGAAUUUUAUGAAUAGGAAAGCCCUGUAGUGCAUUUAGCUUGGGAAAAUGUCCCCUAGAAUAGAUUGUUUCUGAGUCAAGUGUAUAAAUAUUCUGGCUCAAGACUAUAACCUUUUUUCUUAAUGAAUUGGUCUGGCGGUAGUUAAAGCCAAGUGUGGUCUAGCAGAGUGCUCCAGAGAGAAAAUUGAAUGGACACAAAGCCCAGUCAUAGUUUUCAACUUUAUAUAACGCGUUUCGCAACCUAUUAGAAAAUUAGCUUUGUGACAACUGGCAGGACCUGUUGUGUCAGUCGGUCAGUUUGGAAGCGGCUCAGUGUCUUCUCUUCCUUCACCUGAGCCUCCCUACUUAGUGAAUUUUGAAGACACAAACAGCAGCCGUGGGCCCUGCUCCGUUUCCUGGUAAGUCAUUCAAGUUUAUCUUUCCUUAUGGUCGGUUUCUGAGCUAGUGAGUAUAAAAAAAGAAUUUUUCACGGACUACUUUAUAAAACGGCUGCUAAUCAAUUUUUCUUAUUAUUUUAUGCCCUCUGCUUUUAUACUACCCCCACCAGCUGGUUAAUCAUGCAAAAGCUGAACACUUCAUUAGCUAGUACAUGUUCGCCCAUGGGCAUUUCUGUAGUAAAUUAGUUCUUUCUAUUUAUACAGGUAAGUCAUGGCCAAAAGUCUUAUAAGAUGCCAAAGGUAAGGGUUAGAAUUAAUUUCUUUUUUUUUUCUUUUUAGGUUUUUUUUUUUUAGAGAACUCGUUUUAAAGUCUGAGCUGUAGUUAUGCACAGAUACUUUUGAGCUAGAAGUGAAAUGGAGGGGAGAUAUUUUUUGGGGGGUCUAGGGUUAUGAUAUAGGGAUGGCUAAUGUAGCUUUGGUGCAAUGCUUGCACUUCAGAAAGCAGGGGCAUAGGGUACAAUACUUGGUAUUUUUUCAAGACUGGGCCUGAGAACUAAUGUGAAGAGGCUCUUUCAAUUGGGUAUAUGGCCCAUGAGCAAAUCCAUUAACUACAUCUGUAUUUUUUUUUUUUUUUGGGCCAUUUUGUACAAAUUUCCAAGAAUUGAAAAAUACUCUUCACCAAUUUUAUUUUGUCAGAAAGACUACCUAUAUUGUUGUAGGGAAAUAGUGAUGGUGGACUCCUAAAAUGUGCUAUUUCUAAAGACAUAAAAUUCAACCUAGAAAUUUUUCUCACCCCUCUCUUGGAGGGAAUUAUUUUCACAAUGGGUUCUGCCAUUUUAUGAAGUCACCCAAUGGGCAAAACUUGGGUCCCUUCUGCACUUGGCAUCAACUGUCUUGAUGAGUCUGUCCUCCAAAGGGGCAAUGGGCUUGUUUGUCUACCAGCCACAGUGCUCUGCAGGUGUGAGUAGAGUUUCUACCUCCAGUGUGGGUUCUCUUAGUCUUUCUAUUUUCUGCAGAGCCUUCCCAGCAGAAGAAGUUUCUGACAUCAUCUGCUCUCGUGGUUUCCUGCGUGAUGUUUUAGGUUCUUCCAGGUCUCCACAUGGAGUGGGACAUAGAGCCCAAAUUAAUUUCUUCCACAAAGCUGAAAUAAGAUGCUAUUCUGUAAGAUCUAUGUCCCUUAUAGAUUAUAUUAAGAGAGGGUACAUACAUUGGUAGAGGAGAUUGAAUGGCGGGGGGGGGGUGUAAUAUAGAAAUUCUAGGAGAGGGAAAUGCAAGGUCAAAUAUACUCAUCAUUUGAGCUUUUGUGAUUCUUAUUACAGUUUCUAGAAAAUGGAGAUGAAUAUCAGUUGAUGGUUGGUUGUGCUUUCCUAACUCUGGUAGUAGGGUAUGAGUUUAGGAAACCUUGAUGGGCACAGGCUAAAUUGACACAAUGAUUAUGCACAAGUGACACUCGUGAUAGAGAAGGCUGCUUUCAUUUGUUUAGCCAUUAAAGGUCAAGUGUUGUCCUAUAUUGUGUUAUGUUGGCUUUAUUCUGUCAUAUCUUUAUGCCUGGAGUUUUCACAAAAUCCCCAUCCUAAAGUAGGAACACAAGCUUUACCUCGUGUGUUCCACCUCCCUUCUGAUCUGCAGUAGCUUCUUUUUGUAUGGUGUGCUGAUGGUUGCUGGAAGUGAACUUUUUCUUUUCACUGAUAGCUUUGAUUCUAGUUUAAUGGUGUGGUUUGUGGCUCUCUGCUUGCAGUUUCAGUUCCUGUUUAAAUACUGAAAUCUAUUGUUUGUCUCCAUUUCUAGACAACACAAUUGCAUUGCUAACUGGCAGGAACAAGUAAGUGUACAACAUUAUGAAGAAAUAAAGGUUCCAGGCUCUAAUAUUUAACUCGAUUUCUAAUUACACUGAAUCCCCUCUGUUAGGGUGGUUUAUAAAGGCUGAGGAAUGCAUGUAACAAAGAACCAGGGUAUAAGGAGUGAGGGCAGUAAUUCAGGGGGGGUUUGGUGAGCUUGUCUUCUCUAAAGGGGCUGCUUGGCAUUGGGCAGAAGAUUAGUGACCAUUUCUUCUGUUUAUAAUGUGGGCUCAAGCCAUCUCCAUUCUUUUCUGGCUACUGGAGAUAGCAACAAAAUCAUUCUCUGUAGUUUUGUCAGAAGAAUUAUAGUUGUUAGGAAGUUCUUGGGGACAGUAUAUUGGGGGACUAGGAUAAACAUGUGGCCUUUGUGAUGGGAGAUUUUUUUCUUUUGAAUUUACAUAGAACAUUUAAAAUUAUUACCUUUAAAGAUACAUCUUGUCCACUGCUUUUGGAGGACUUGAUAGGCCAGUAAAACCUAGAAAGGAAAAAAGUAUUGCAUGGUCAGAGAAAAUCUGGCUGUUGAAUAAAACCAUGAAUACUACAGACUGGGCUCUUUGGGGGAGGGUGGGGAGGUCUCAGCCAGGAUCGGUAGGAAGGUCAUCCCUUUUGAUGGGACACAAUUUUUAUAAUAGUAAGGCUCCACGUGGAAUGUUUUUGUCAAGCAAGUCAUCCAUAAGGCACCAUAGGCAUUUGUGUUUAACAGUAUGUUUCAGGCUGCAAAGUUAAUGCAGUUAAUAUUCAACUGAACUUCUGGUCUAGGGGUUACUAGUCCCGUAGGCACAUUUGCCAGAAGAGGCUACACAUUAAUAGCACUCCAAAUUAGACACUACCAAGUUGACAGCCACCUAUGCUAUGAAAUGUAAAACAUUCCACCAUUUCGGCCAAACUCAGGCCAAGGUGCUGUUUAAUACACUUGUAAGCUGGAGCCCUGGCCUUCUCCGAACCCAGAACUCUUUGGGAAGAAGCGGAUAGCCUGGAGUAUGUGAACAUUUUACAUGCUAGCUAAUUAACAGGGAGUGGCGUCUUUAAAGCUCUUGACAUUUGCAGGGUCUUCCGAUAAGUGUGGCCGAUUCGGUUCUGAUUCUCUGCUGAGUUUCAUUGAAACGAAGCAUUUCUUGGCAUCUCUUCCUUUGCCUUAAAGGAAAAGAUGUUCUGUCACUCCAUGUGGCCAACGGGCUGGAUUUGGGAGGGAGUCAGCAGGUAGAGCCACGGCUGUCGCACGGGUCACAGGUCAAGCUCUUUUCGUGCCUCCAACUCAGAUAGGAAUUAAGUCACGAGUUGCAGAAAGUUCUGUGGGGCUCAGCAGGCCAGAUGAGAGGUCGGGAAACUAAAGGCAAGGUGUUCAGUCACCACGCACAGCUGACCUCAAUGGGGAAUAGUGGGGCAAAGGCUAUUCUCUGCUGGGGGUCGUGGGCUUAGCUUUUUUCAUUGUUUUACAGGAAUUUCCCUUUUUCAGCUACUUCUUCUCUCAUCUCAGGCCAUGUAUCAGUCCAGAUAGGAAUAAUUUGUAAAAGGGAAAAGAGAGAAACAGAAUGCCAAAUGAUUUACCAUGACUAUGGAAAUUAAAUGGUAGUGUAACUAUAUAACCAUAUAUGAGAUGUGUUCUAGAACGGGGAUUUCCUAGGGCGUUGGCAUGGCCCUCCCUCUUAAAAAUGACUGAUUAGUAUAAUAAGCAUUCCCUAGAUAUUUUUCAGGGCACUUGACUUUGGUUGUGUCCUGAUCCUGGGUUUCUAUAAUGUAGAUAUGAACUGACUGCAUUUGGACCCUCCUACAUCAGGGUAUGGCCCCAUACAAGAGAUCAAGUUUGUAGAGAUCACUGCUUUACUGGUGAACAGCCUUGGUAGGUGGGAGGAAAAACAUUAGCGUUUGAAAAUGCCUAAAAUAGAGUUUUCAAUGAUCUAUGGACAUUCUUUGCUUUCCCCACUGCCAUUGACCAAAUCAGUUAAUUCUCUUGUGUGUAUACUUUUUCUGCAAUGCAUAAUGAUUUAUUUACUCUAGAAGUUAGAACCAAAAGCCCUGGACUGACUUUUUUUUUUUAGGAUUUCUUUUUUAAAACAAAAAACAAAACAAAAUACAGAGAUUUAUUUUUGGCUGCAACUAUUUGAAAUAGACGUCACCCUACUGAGCUUUUAUUUUUAAUGACUGAAACUGGCAAAAUCCUUCUCCAGGAACAUAUGCUAAAUAAUUCCUGCCUUGUUUUCGCAAAACAAAAGCACUCCGUGGAUGACUUUCUCUUACUCCCUAGAUUUCUAAAUAACUUUUUUGAACCUGAUCAUGCUACAGACUUCAGGGUUGCUCGUGGUCCCCGGCAGGAUAGUGCGGAAGUUCGGGAGAGUUUCUAAGCGGGGAGUUCCCAAGCCAGUGACCUGGCUCAAAUGGUGGCCUCGUUACUCAACCUCUUCAAGCCUCAGUUUCCUCAUAUGUAAAGUGGGAAUGUUGGGAUGUUUUUAAAGUAUUACACAUCUCUGCAGCUAAUAGGCAGAGUAAUCUCAAGCAAGUCGUCUAAUCUCUCUGUGCCUCAAUUUGCUCAUCUAUAAUGAAAUGGAGAGAAUAAUAGUACCUACUUCAUAGGGCUGUUGUGAAGAUUAAAGGAGGUGGUGACUAUUAAAGCACUCAGAAUAGUUUCUGGCAUAACAAGUGCUGUAUAAAUAUUUGGCGUUAUUAUUCCUACAGCUGUUAGGAAGGAAGCCCUGAGGCAUAGUCAGGGGAAAGUAAAAGAUAAUAAAGAUUGAAGCAGGUGAGAAGAAAUGGAAAGAAGAAAGGAAAGAUGAGGCACAGAGAAGAAGAUAAAGAUUUAAGAACCCAGAAUUGCAUUUGAUGGUGAAUGGUUGAACGAUGCUCAUGUUCCCAGGCUUCAGUGUCUGCAUGUGUUUUACAUGGAAAUUGGAGUGGGUGGGUAUGGAGUGGGUGAUGGAGAAUGUUCUUCUUGGUUCUAACCCCUGUUGGUGCCAUCUGAAGCAGCUUGACAAAGACUUCCCACCUGUCCUAGCCUGAAGUUAUGUACAACUCUAAAAUUUCUUUGGAAACCCUAUAUGGUUAUGUCUCCGCUGUUAAUCAUAAAACCAUUGUCUUCCAAAUGCACUUUUUAGAUUUAUGAUAUCUUGAAUUUCUUGGUAUGUCAUGAUCAUAUCUUUUAGCUGCCAUCUCUGUUUAAAAAGGUGGCUCAUCUACUCACCCUUCACCAUGCGUGGUGGCUUUUCACAGACCGAUCUAGAACUGUUAAUAACCAUUUCUGAGGAGGAGUCAGGGACAGUUGAUGUUUGACAGAGAUGGUCUUCACCACGUUCUGAAUUAUUAUUAGGUGGGCAAAUGUCCCCCUUUCCCAUUCCUAACCUUUGGUUUGAAGGCUGGGGGGAGGGGAGUGGCAGGGAAUAAUCAUAUUACAGCAGAGACACUCUAAGAAAGUCUACAACCCUGUUCUUAUUCCAGGAAAGCAUCUCAAAGAGGGGGAUUUCCAGAGUUGCUUGAAUCUGGAUGGAAGGUGACUUUUUAAAUUGCAAUUGAUGCUACAUAAAUUCGCUCUAAAGGAUUUUGCCUUCCUUUCAGGUAGUUGCAGAAAUGGUGAAAACACACCCUCGGUCUGACUGGCAUUUCAGUGUCUCCGGGCUCUGUCCUGCACUGAGGAACUGGCUUCAGGUCACAUCAUACUAGUCCAACCAAAAGUGGGAGUAACUUGAGGCUCCAGGAAGCUCCCUCUGGAUGCCAUAGCUCACAAUUUACUGGUUCAUCAAUGAAACGAUAUUAAAUUAUGAAGAUGUAAGGAAAAAAUCCUACGCUACCAUUGUCGCAGUUUGAAAGUUGGAAUCCCCAGUGGACCUUAUCCCCAAAAUACCCUUGUGUGGACCCCACCCUCAGAGAUUGACUGGCUUCUCUGCAGAAUGUCAAACAAAGAUCGACACAUUGAUUCCAGCUGUUCGUCCUUCAUCAAGACGGAACCCUCCAGCCCGGCCUCCCUGACGGACAGCGUCAACCACCACAGCCCCGGUGGCUCUUCAGACGCCAGUGGGAGCUACAGUUCAACCAUGAAUGGCCAUCAGAACGGACUUGACUCGCCGCCUCUCUACCCCUCUGCUCCUAUCCUGGGAGGUAGCGGGCCUGUCAGGAAACUGUACGACGACUGCUCCAGCACCAUCGUGGAAGAUCCUCAGACCAAGUGCGAGUACAUGCUCAACUCGAUGCCCAAGAGACUGUGUUUGGUGUGCGGUGACAUCGCCUCCGGGUACCACUAUGGGGUGGCGUCAUGUGAAGCCUGCAAGGCAUUCUUCAAGAGGACAAUUCAAGGCAAUAUAGAAUAUAGCUGCCCCGCCACGAACGAAUGUGAAAUCACAAAGCGUAGACGCAAAUCCUGCCAAGCCUGCCGCUUCAUGAAGUGUUUAAAAGUGGGCAUGCUGAAAGAAGGAGUGCGUCUUGACAGAGUACGUGGAGGUCGGCAGAAGUAUAAGCGCAGAAUAGACGCGGAGAACAGCCCAUACCUGAACCCUCAGCUGGUUCAGCCAGCCAAAAAGCCAUAUAACAAGAUUGUCUCACAUUUGUUGGUGGCUGAACCGGAGAAGAUCUAUGCCAUGCCCGACCCUACUGUCCCUGACAGCGACAUCAAAGCCCUCACUACACUGUGUGACUUGGCCGACAGAGAGUUGGUGGUGAUCAUUGGAUGGGCGAAGCAUAUUCCAGGCUUCUCCACGCUGUCCCUGGCGGACCAGAUGAGCCUUUUGCAGAGUGCUUGGAUGGAGAUUUUGAUCCUGGGUGUCGUAUACCGAUCUCUUUCGUUCGAGGAUGAACUUGUCUAUGCAGACGAUUAUAUAAUGGAUGAAGACCAGUCCAAAUUAGCAGGCCUUCUUGAUCUAAAUAAUGCCAUCCUGCAGCUGGUAAAGAAAUACAAGAGCAUGAAGCUGGAGAAAGAAGAAUUUGUCACCCUGAAAGCUAUCGCUCUGGCUAAUUCAGACUCCAUGCACAUAGAAGAUGUCGAAGCUGUUCAGAAGCUUCAGGAUGUCUUACAUGAGGCCCUGCAGGAUUACGAAGCCGGCCAGCACAUGGAAGACCCUCGUCGGGCUGGCAAGAUGCUGAUGACGCUGCCACUCCUGAGGCAGACCUCCACCAAGGCCGUGCAGCAUUUCUACAACAUCAAACUAGAAGGCAAAGUCCCCAUGCACAAACUUUUUUUGGAAAUGCUGGAGGCCAAGGUCUGACUAAAAGCUUCCUGGGCCUUCCCAUCCUGCACCUUGAAAAAGGGAAACUAAACCCAAGAGUGAUGUCGAAGAAACUUAGAGUUUAGCUCACAACAUCAAAAACCAACAAAGACUGCACUGAUCAUUUAGCAGCAAGACUAUGAAGCAGCUUUCAGAUUCCUCCAUAUCUUCCCGAUACGUUUCCUUCUUUGUGUUUUCUCUCAUCUGCUUUUCUCCUCUUUUUUUUUUUUUCAUUUCUCUUCCUCUUAUUUGUUUUCUUCUUUUCUUCUUCCCCCUUGCUCAUUUCUUGCUUCCUCAUUACUGGUUCCCUGUCUCCUCCAUUGCCUGCCUGCCUUGUUUCUUUUCUUCUUCUGUUCUCUUCCCUCUCUUUUCUCAUCCUCCCCCUUUCUUCUAAAUUUUAAAUAGCUUUAGUUACAAAAAAAAAAUUUUUUUUCCUUUCUUCCCUCUUUCCUUUCCUUCCUUCUGCUGCUGGACUUUUAUAAGAGGUCUCUAACCGAAGAGAGAUGGAAGCCAGCCCUGCCAAAGGAUGGAGAUCCAUAAUAUGGAUGCCAGUGAACUUAUUGUGAACCAUAACGUCCCCAAUGACUAAGGAAUCAAAGAGAGAGAACCAACCAACGUACCUAAAAGUACAGUGCAACAUAAACGAAUUGACUGAGUGCAGUAUUAGAUUUCACGGGAGCAGCCUCUAAUUAGACAACUUAAGCAACGUUGCAUCGGCUGCUUCUUAUCAUUGCUUUUCCAUCUAGAUCUGUUACAGCCAUUUGAUUCCUUAAUUGUUUUUUCAAGUCUUCCAGGUAUUUGUUAGUUUAGCUACUAUGUAACUUUUUCAGGGAAUAGUUUAAGCUUUAUUCAUUCAUGCAAUACUAAAGAAAAAUAAGAAUACUGCGAUUUUGUGCUGGCUUUGAACAAUUAUGAACAAUAAUGAAGGACAAAUGAAUCCUGAAGGAAGAUUUUUAAAAAAAAAAUGUUUCGUUUCUUCUUACAAAUGGAGAUUUUUUUGUACCAGCUUUACCACUUUUCAGCCAUUUAUUAAUAUGGGAAUUUAACUUACUCAAGCAAUAGUUGAAGGGAAGGUGCAUAUUAUCACGGAUGCAAUUUAUGUUGUGUGCCAGUCUGGUCCCAAACAUCAAUUUCUUAACAUGAGCUCCAGUUUACCUAAAUGUUCACUGACACAAAGGAUUAGAUUACACCUACAGUGACUUUGAGUAGUCACAUAUAUAAGCACUGCACAUGGAAUACAAAUCCGUAGAAUUAUCAGGAGUGCACCUCUCUACCUAGGAGGUAUGUUGCCAUAAGAUUUCUAGCUGCCACAGUAGUUAGGAAUGAGAUACUGCCUAAACGUUUGCAAAGUUAUAGACCUUGUCUCAGAAGGAGCUGUGAGCCAGUAUUCAUUUAAGAGGCAAUAAGGCAAAUGCCAGAAUUAAAAAAAAAAAAAAAAUCAUCAAAGACAGCAGACGCCUGACCAAAUUCUAAAACCUAAUCCAUAUGAGUUUAUUCAUUUAGGAAUGUUUGUUUAAAUUAAUCUGCAGUUUUUUACCAAGAGCUAAGCCAAUAUAUGUGCUUUUCAACCAGUAUUGUCACAGCAUGAAAGUCAGUCAGGUUCCAGACUGUUAAGAGGUGUAAUCUAAUGAAGAAAUCAAUUAGAUGCCCCCGAAAUCUGCAGUCGCUGAAUAACCAAUAAACAGUAACCUCCAUCAAAUGCUAUACCAAUGGACCAGUGUUAGUAGCUGCUCCCUGUACUAUGUGAACAGUCUUAUUCUAUGUACACAGAUGUAAUUAAAAUUGUAAUCCUAACAAACAAAAGAAAUGUAGUUCAGCUUUGCAAUGUUUCAUGUUUGCUGUGCUUUUCUGAAUUUUAUGUUGCAUUCAAAGACUGUCGUCUUGUUCUUGUGGUGUUUGGAUUCUUGUGGUGUGUGCUUUUAGACACAGGGUAGAAUUAGAGACAAUAUUGGAUGUACAAUUCCUCAGGAGACUACAGUAGUAUACUCUAUUCCUUACCAGUAAUAAGGUUCUUCCUAAUAAUAAUUAAGAGAUUGAAACUCCAAACAAGUAUUCAUUAUGAACAGAUACACAUCAAAAUCAUAAUAUUUUCAAAACAAGGGAUAAUUUCUCUAAUGGUUUAUUAUAGAAUACCAAUGUAUAGCUUAGAAAUAAAACUUUGAAUAUUUCAAGAAUAUAGAUAAGUCUAAUUUUUAAAUGCUGUAUAUAUGGCUUUCACUCGAUCAUCUCUCAGAUGUUGUUAUUAACUCGCUCUGUGUUGUUGCAAAACUUUUUGGUGCGGACUCGUUUCCAAAACUAUUGCUACUUUGUGUGCUUUAAACAAAAUACCUUGGGUUGAUGUUUCAUCAGCCCAGUGCUAGGAAUACUGUGUAUCUAUCAUUAGCUAUAUGGGACUAUAUUGUAGAUUGUGGUUUCUCAGUAGAGAAGUGACUGUAGUGUGAUUCUAGAUAAAUCAUCAUUAGCAAUUCAUUCAGAUGGUCAAUAACUUGAAAUUUAUAGCUGUGAUAGGAGUUCAGAAAUUGGCACAUCCCUUUAAAAAUAACAACAGAAAAUACAACUCCUGGGGAAAAAAAAGGUGCUGAUUCUAUAAGAUUAUUUAUAUAUGUAAGUGUUUAAAAGGUUAUUUUCCAGAAAGUUUGUGCAGGGUUUUAAGUUGCUACUAUUCAACUACACUAUAUAUAAAUGAACUAUAUACAAUAUAUACAUUGUUUUCACUGUAUCACAUUAAAGUACUUGGGCUUCAGAAGUAAGAGCCAACCAACUGAAAACAUGAGAUGGAGAUAAUGUUAAAAGAAUGAGAUACAGUUUUUAGUUUUCAGUUUAAAUGACUCUCAGCAUUACAAAUGAAUAAGUAUCUCACAAAUAGGAAAUAAAACUAAAAUGUAGAUCUAAAAGAACUGCACGGGCUUUAGGGUAAAUGCUCAUCUUAAACCUCACUUGAGGGAAGUUUUUUCAAGUUUCAAGCAAGACCAUUUACUUAAUGUGAAGUUUUGGAAAGUUUAAUAAAGGUGUAUGUUUUAGCCGUAUGAUUUUAAUUUUUAUUUUGCUUCUUUUUAGGUUCUUAUUUAAAGCAAUAUGAUUGUGUGACUCCUUGUAGUUACACUUGUGUUUCAAUCAGAUCAGAUUGUUGUAUUUAUUCCACUAUUUUGCAUUUAAAUGGUAACAUAAAAGAUAUAAAAAAUUUAAAACUGCUAUUUUUCUUAUAGAAGAGAAAGUGGGUGUUGGUGAUUGUAUUUUAAUUAUUUAAGCGUCUCUGUUUACCUGCCUAGGAAAACAUUUUAUGGCAGUCUUAUGUGCAAAGAUCGUAAAAGAACAAAAAAUUUAAACUGCUUAUAAUAAUCCAGGAGUUGCAUUAUAGCCAGUAGUAAAAAUAAUAAUAAUGAUAAUAAAACCAUGUCUAUAGCUGUAGAUGGGCUUCACAUCUGUAAAGCAAUCAAUUGUAUAUUUUUGUGAUGUGUACCAUACUGUGUGCUCCAGCAAAUGUCCAUUUGUGUAAAUGUAUUUAUUUUAUAUUGUAUAUAUUGUUAAAUGCAAAAAGGAGAUAUGAUUCUGUAACUCCAAUCAGUUCAGAUGUGUAACUCAAAUUAUUAUGCCUUUCAGGAUGAUGGUAGAGCAAUAUUAAACAAGCUUCCACUUUUGACUGC